UUUGAUCACAAAAACCCUAAUGCUAUAAAGCCUCAGAAUCUUUACUCUCGAGUUUGGUAUUCUAUUCUCUCCUUGUGUUCUAGGCGCUCAGAUCUCUAUCGGAACCUCUAUUCUCUGCCCUUGCAGAUGGCGGCAACACAGGAAGCCAGUUCUUCCCCUGCUCCCAGUGCCCAAGUGGUUGGGAAUGCGUUUGUUGGGCAGUACUACCACAUCCUUCAUCAUUCUCCACAAUCGGUGCAUCGGUUUUAUCAGGAUUCAAGUUUGCUAAGCCGUCCAGAUGUCAAUGGAGUGAUGACAACAGUGACAGGCAUGCAGGCAAUAAAUGACAAGAUCAUAUCCUUGAAUUAUGGAGACUAUACAGCAGAAAUAAUAACUGCUGAUGCUCAGGAGUCUCAUGAGAAAGGAGUGAUUGUUUUGGUAACAGGAUGCCUAACUGGGAAGGACAACUUGAGGAGAAAAUUUUCCCAAACAUUUUUUCUUGCUCCUCAGGACAAAGGCUACUAUGUCUUAAAUGAUGUGUUAAGACAUGUUGAAGAGACUGAAUCCAAUCGAAGUAACUCUUCUUCUGGCGAUGCCAUCAAAGAGAAUACUACAACGGUUACUUCAACACCAGAACCAGAACCAUCUCAUGCUCCUAAUCAUCUUACUGUGGAACCUCCAAUUUCAUUGGAAGAGGAAGACAUGAACAAUGAUCCUGAAGUUUGUGACCCUUCCAGUAAUGAUGAAGGAUCAGUCGUUGAACAGGAGGAGGUUCCUGAGCCCCCACAACAAAUUGAGCAUGAAGUAGUUGUGACAGCUGAUGCAGCCCCUGUUGCCCAAGAAGAUGCUCCAAAGAAGUCGUAUGCAUCAAUUGUUAAGGUGCCAAAAUCAAUAUCUGGUCCUGUUUAUGUUGCAACUACUCCUGUAAGAGCCGCACCUCCUGCAAAUCCUGAUCAUCAGUCUAUUGGCCUGGCUAAACCUGCUCCAGUUCCCGAUGCUUCUGCGGUAAAUGGUGACAAUCUUCCUGAAAGCAGUAACCUUCAUGAGGAAGCCGAAGGUCACUCCAUAUAUGUACGGAACUUGCCAUUUGAUGCUACAGUUGAACAACUUGAGGAAGAGUUUAAGAAAUUUGGGCCAAUUAAGCGUGAUGGUAUUCAAGUUAGGAGUAAUAAGCAAGGCUUUUGUUUUGGAUUUGUUGAAUUUGAGCAAUUAAGCUCUGUUCAUGGUGCACUUGAGGCUUCGCCAGUCACAAUUGGUGAUCGUCAAGCUGUUGUUGAGGAGAAGAGGACUACCACCCGAGUUAGCGGAAGUGGAAGAGGAGGGAGGUUCCCUACAGGAAGAGGAGGUGGUUUCCGCAGUGACAGUUUCAGGGCAAGAGGGAACUACGGUGGUGGCAGAGGCUAUGGAAGAAACGAUUUCAGAAACCAGGGUGAGUUUGCUGGACGAGCUCGGGGUUCGACUGGACGCAAUGGGGAUGGUUAUCAGCGGGCUAACCAAAACGGAGGCGGAAGGGGAGGAGGUCGUCAGGGUGGGGUAAACCGUAGCGCAGUUUCUGGUUGAACAGUUAAGGGAAGAGAUACGUUGACAAUUUUUUGACAGUAAAAUUGAGAAUUGAGAUCUACCUUUUUUUUUUUUUUUUUUGGAUUUUUUCUUAGGUUAUUAAUUGCGGUAGAAGAAACUGAAGGUACUCUUCAAUUAGUCAUUUACAUUUAUGUGAGAAGGUAGUUUUGAUUUUUUUUUUUUACCCUUAGUGCUUCAUAAAGCUGUACGACGUUAAAGCUCUUUGGUGCAACAUCUUUUUGGUAUGAUUAUUAUUAUUAUUAUUAGGCAUUA